GUUUCUCGAUUGCUAGGUGCUUUCAAAAACCAAAAACAGGUGACCAGAAGUUUUGGUAAUGCUGUACAAACAGUAACUUUAAUCCCAGGAGAUGGCAUAGGACCUGAGAUUUCUGCUGCUGUUGUGAAGAUCUUUGAUGCUGCCAAAACUCCUAUUCAGUGGGAAGAGAGGAAUGUUACAGCUAUCCAAGGACCAGGAGGGAAGUGGAUGAUACCUCCAGAUGCCAAAGAAUCCAUGGAUAAAAACAAAAUGGGAUUAAAAGGGCCUUUAAAGACCCCAAUUGCUGCAGGGCACCCAUCGAUGAAUCUGCUGCUGCGUAAAACCUUCGACCUUUAUGCAAACGUUCGUCCCUGUGUCUCCAUCGAGGGGUACAAAACCCCAUACACAGACGUGAACAUUGUCACCAUCCGAGAGAACACGGAGGGCGAGUACAGUGGCAUUGAGCACGUGAUUGUUGAUGGGGUUGUGCAGAGCAUCAAGCUGAUCACAGAGGAAGCCAGCAAGCGUAUUGCAGAAUUUGCUUUUGAGUAUGCCAGGAACAACCAGAGAAGCCAUGUUACUGCUGUUCACAAGGCAAAUAUUAUGAGAAUGUCUGAUGGGCUUUUCCUGAGAAAAUGCAGGGAGGCAGCAGAAAGCUGUAAAGAUAUUAAAUUUAAUGAAAUGUAUCUGGAUACUGUGUGUCUGAAUAUGGUUCAAGAUCCAUCACAAUUUGAUGUGCUUGUUAUGCCAAACUUGUACGGUGACAUCCUCAGUGACUUGUGUGCUGGACUGAUUGGGGGUCUUGGAGUAACACCAAGUGGAAACAUUGGUGCGAAUGGAGUGGCGAUUUUUGAAUCAGUUCAUGGAACAGCACCAGACAUUGCAGGAAAAGACAUGGCAAAUCCAACUGCUCUCCUUCUGAGUGCUGUGAUGAUGCUGCGUCACAUGGGACUACAGAAAUACGCCUCAAAAAUUGAGUCAGCUUGCUUCGAUACAAUUAGAGAUGGAAAGGUCCUGACAAAAGACUUGGGAGGUAACGCUAAGUGCUCGGAAUUCACAGAGGAGAUUUGCCGCCGAGUACGGGACAAGGACUAAGCCCUUGGCGAGCUCCAUGGCCACACAGCGCACAGCAGAUGGCACCUGAUAUCCAUGUGCAUAGAGUUUGCUUAUCUCUGGAGAGCAAACUUUUUAGUUAAGGCCUCUCCAUUAAUAAAUUUAGUCCAAAUGGC